AUGGAGAUUCGCCACGUGAAACGUACUGCUGGUUUCGGUGCUUCGGUGCUUAAACAUCUCCGGACAAUUGCCGGAGUAAUUCUCGCAAAUGUCACCUUCUUACACGCAAAGAUACCCUACCUUCGGGAAAUCAAAUACAACUUCAUCACCUUUCAUUAUGUAUAUCUCACAACAUGGGCUAUCAUUGGGUCUAUCGUACUAUAUGCUGGCGGCACCAUCCCAUACAUUGAUUCUUUGUUUUUCGCUUCCGGUGCUGCAACACAAAGUGGGCUGAAUACCAUUGACCUGAAUCUGUUACCGACUUACGCCCAGAUUUUUCUCUAUAUCAUAGCCAUGUGGACCAACCCGAUCGUCAUUCAUACUUUUGUCGUUUUCGUCCGCCUAUACUGGUUUGAGAAGCGGUUUCAGCAUAUCGUCAAAGACGCCCGUGCCCUACGUCGUACAAGGACUAGGACAUUUACGACAGGGAGGGGGCAGCAGGAUGUUGACCGAGAGGAGCAGGGUGUCCGUGGACAGUCAAUUGUUGUUCUCCGGAAUGAGCAGGGUGAGGCUCGCGAUGGGGUUCAGGAUGGACUCAAAACGGAAACAGACGCUAAUUCCGAGACCGGGACAUCCAAUUCAACCUCUAAUGACCGCCGGGCACCCGAGGAAUCUCCUCAAUUGACCCCACCGUCUCCCCUGACCGAUACUGAGGGCCUGCGCCUUCCCACUCAGCGGAGUCCAGAGCAUCACAUUGCCUUCUUGGAGCAUCAACGAACGGACAAAGGCACUUUGCGCAUUCCGAGCCCUCGAGAGUAUGACCGUGGUGGCGUCCCCCAGGCUUUGGAUGAAGCUGUUGAGGAUAGUCCUACGAGUCCCAAGUCGCCACCAGCAGAGGAUGAGCGACAACGUCAAGAAAGUGGAAAUGAACUGGGCAACCAUAUUACCAUUAAUGAACCUGAUAUCGAACGCUUCAGAGCACGAACCGGCACCGGCAAUUUUCCUCGCGUGAGUUCACAACGCACGACAUUCCGCGAUGAAGGUGACAACGAACCUACCAGAGUCCGAACCCGACGAGGUACUUUCAACGGGAUAUUCAGGUCAAUGACUCAGGAACAAGACAGGGACACCCUACCAUAUUUGAGCUGGAAUGCUACAGUCGGUAGGAACUCUGCUUUUGUUGCUCUUACUGAGGAGCAGCGCGAGGAACUCGGUGGCAUUGAAUACCGAGCUCUCAAAACACUGGCUCUUGUGCUGGUAGGAUAUUUCGUCGGCUUUCACGUUUUUGGAGUCAUUUCUCUUGUUCCAUGGAUUCUUACCAGUAAGACAUACGGGUCUGUGGUGACUGGUGAUGGCCAAGGACGUGCUUGGUGGGGUGUCUUCACAUCUCAGUCGGCCUUCAACGAUCUCGGCUUCACUUUGACUCCAGAUUCUAUGAACUCGUUCAAUGAAGCUGUAUGGCCACUCCUUGUCAUGAGUUUCCUUAUUGUUAUUGGUAAUACUGGUUUCCCUUGCAUGUUGCGUCUGGUCAUUUGGAUUGUAUGGAAAUUCACAAGAGCUGGCAGCGCUCUAUGGGAGGAACUCCGUUUUCUGUUAGAUCAUCCUCGUCGAUGUUUCACCUUGCUAUUUCCUCGAAACGCUACAUGGUGGCUUUUUGCUAUUUUGGUCGUAUUGAACGGUGUGGACUUGAUUUUCUUCAUUAUACUUGAUCUUAAUGAUGCAACAAUCACCGCUAUUCCCCCCGGUUAUCGUGUGUUGGAUGGCCUCUUCCAAGCAUUCUCGACGCGAACUGCUGGAUUUGGUGUUGUCAAUAUCUCCGCAUUGCAUCCGGCCAUUCAAGUGUCCUACAUGAUUAUGAUGUACAUCUCUGUCUUCCCCAUUGCCAUUUCCAUGCGACGAACCAAUGUGUACGAAGAGAGAAGUCUCGGCAUAUACGGCACGACUGAAGAGGAAGACGAAGACGUGAAAGAGCCCAGCUAUAUUGGAGCCCAUUUACGCCGGCAACUGAGUUUCGAUCUGUGGUAUAUCUUUUUGGGACUAUUUAUCAUUGCUAUUGUCGAAGCCGAUCGCUUAGAGAGUGGCGCCGAUAACUAUGCAUUCUCUCUAUUCGCCGUUCUCUUUGAAAUCGUCUCGGCUUACGGAACAGUCGGCUUGUCUCUUGGAUAUCCAAACACGAACGCGUCCUUUUCUGCACAAUUUAGAGUGAUUUCAAAAUUGAUCAUCAUCGCUAUGCAGAUUCGUGGUCGACACCGUGGUUUGCCGUAUGCGCUCGAUCGAGCCAUCCUUCUCCCUUCCGAAUCUCUACAAGAGAAGGAACAGGACGAUGCAGAGCGACGUCUGCGCCGUCGGGAGUCCAAUGUCAGCAACAUGACAGGAGCUAAUGGGCAGUCGUCAGGCAUAUAUCAUACUAGCACGUAUGAUUCUCUAGGAAGUAGGACUAGACCUAGAACUAGACGGUCGGUGGACGUGCGUGAUUGA